AUUUAGCAUUCAGAGUCCGUCGUGGCCCGGUGUCUGUGGCCUCACGUACUCUCUCUCUUGUCAGCCCCGCAGUGUGGGAAGAGCCGUCUUCGUGUCCACGCUCGCGCCCGUCCUCCUCCCGCCUCCUCCGGAGCCGCGCUCUGGGCGUACCUUAUAUAGGCGGCUGCUCGGCGGUGCCGUCCCCACCCCAGCUCCCGUCCUGUGUCUCUGUCCCGGAGAUUGUCAGCCACUACUCCCGCAGCCAUGUAUCGCUAUCUGGGGGAACUCGUGUCCCGGAGCGGCGGUGUCCUAGCCGACACGGCUCUACCGGCCGCCGCCACCAGCCCUCUUCUCCGCCGCUACAGCCAGGCCGUGGAUAAGGAGGACGACCCCAACUUCUUCAAGAUGGUGGAGGGGUUCUUCGACCGUGGCGCCGGUAUCGUGGAGGACAAGCUGGUGGAGGACUUACGGACCCGGGAGACUGAGGAGCAGAAGCGGAAGCGGGUGAAGGGCAUCCUGCGGAUCAUCAAGCCAUGUAACCACGUCCUGAGCGUCAGCUUCCCCAUCAAGAGAGACAACGGCGACUGGGAGGUGGUGGAGGGCUACCGGGCCCAGCACAGCCAGCACCGCACACCCUGCAAAGGAGGUAUUCGUUACAGUACGGAUGUCAGUGUGGAUGAAGUGAAAGCCUUGGCGUCUCUUAUGACAUACAAAUGUGCUGUUGUAGAUGUGCCUUUUGGAGGAGCCAAAGCUGGCGUGAAAAUAAAUACCAGAAAUUACUCUGAUGCAGAACUUGAAAAAAUCACAAGAAGAUUUACUAUAGAACUUGCCAAGAAAGGAUUUAUUGGGCCUGGUAUUGAUGUUCCUGCCCCUGAUAUGAGUACUGGAGAAAGGGAGAUGUCUUGGAUUGCUGACACCUAUGCUAACACAAUUGGGCACACGGAUAUCAAUGCACAUGCUUGUGUCACUGGCAAACCCAUCAGCCAAGGUGGCAUUCAUGGACGUGUGUCUGCCACAGGACGAGGUGUCUUCCACGGGAUUGAGAAUUUCAUCAAUGAGGCAUCGUACAUGAGCCAGCUGGGAAUGACCCCAGGUUUUGGUGACAAAACGUUUGUUAUUCAGGGAUUUGGUAAUGUAGGUCUACAUUCUAUGCGUUAUCUUCAUCGCUUUGGUGCCAAAUGUGUUGGCAUUGGUGAAAUAGAUGGAACUAUCUGGAAUCCAGAUGGCAUUGAUCCUAAAGAGCUUGAAGACUACAAACUGCAACAUGGAACAAUUGUUGGGUUCCCCAAGGCCCAGGCAUAUGAUGGAAACAUUCUAGAAGCGGACUGUGACAUCCUUAUCCCAGCAGCCAGUGAGAAGCAGCUAACAAAGUCUAAUGCACACAGAAUUAAAGCAAAGAUUAUUGCAGAGGGAGCUAAUGGACCUACAACUCCUGAAGCUGAUAAAAUAUUCCUUGAGAGAAAUAUCAUGGUUAUUCCAGACUUGUAUUUGAAUGCUGGUGGUGUUACAGUGUCUUACUUUGAGUGGCUGAAAAAUCUUAACCAUGUAAGCUAUGGAAGGCUUACCUUCAAGUAUGAGCGGGACUCCAACUACCACUUGCUUAUGUCAGUACAGGAAAGUUUGGAGAGAAAGUUUGGAAAACAUGGUGGAUCUAUUCCUGUGGUGCCUACUGCGGAGUUCCAGGCUAGAAUAUCUGGUGCUUCUGAAAAAGAUAUUGUCCACUCUGGCCUGGCAUAUACUAUGGAACGAUCAGCAAGACAAAUCAUGCGUACUGCAAUGAAGUACAACCUUGGUUUGGACCUGAGAACUGCUGCCUAUGUAAAUGCCAUUGAGAAAGUGUUCAAGGUGUACAAUGAGGCUGGCCUGACCUUCACAUAAACAAGGAAGCCAGUUGGAUUGUCCUUUCACCCUCCAUAUCAGAAAGAUAUAUCACGCAUAAGUUUACAUAUAACCAUAAGACUUCAUUUGUUUUCCUCCUCAUAGAGGAUCCUACUUCUGAAUGCUUCCGUCCAUUAUUUUAUUAUUAUUUUUUUUUUUUGUGAGA